AUGGCUUCUCUUCCACCAGGAUUUGAAGUCAAAACAUUAAGCGGGUCUAGAUAUUACUUUAGAAAUGAGAAAGAAAAGAUAUGUUCAUGGGUACGGCCUGCUCCUCCGCCAGGUUAUGACGGUCCUUGGCCAUUAAUCUUUCGAUGCUCACAUAUCUUAAUUAAACAUACAGAAUCUAAUCACCCAGUUUCCAGAAACCCAAAUCGACUAGGUCGACCAAUCGAAAAAACUAAACAAGAAGCAUAUAAUAUUAUUAAAUCACUUUACGAAAAAAUUAUCAGUGGCGAGAAAACAUUUGAAGAAAUUGCAUAUAUUUGGUCCGAUGAUGGAUCAGCCGAGAACCGUGGUGACUUAAAUUGGGGUGCAAUUGAAGUAUACGAUACUAAUUUCACAAAAGUUGCCAUGUCACUAAAAUACAAUGAAAUCUCUCAACCUUUCUUGACACGUGCUGGCUGGCAUAUCUGUAAGAAAACUGAUGGAGCAAAUUCUUCAUACUUGUCUGGUGGAGGUCCACCAUUCGAAAUUGAGUUUUUUGGUGCUCCUCUUUUUAUGUUUUCCGAACCGAUUCGUAGUUAUAUUAAAAAAAUCAAAAAUCAAGAAAUUUAUGAAUAUUAUCUUAAAACAGAAACAGAACCAUUUAACUUUGAUCCAUGGGAAAAGCUAAUUGAGAGAUUAUACACCAUUUUAAACGACAUUAAGCAGCUCGAUUCCUCACAAAACUUGACAUUUUUAACAAAUGUCAUUUUCCGGUUUAUUGACGGCCAUUUAUACUUCCAUCCUACAUCAUCAGAUGCUAUCGACUUCUGUUUUGACUACAUCGAGAAGAUUGACAAUACAAGAUUUGAAUAUUAUCUCAAUAAAGUCUUAGUUUACACAACAAACCCUAAGCAUUGGAAGAAACACAAAGACCGAACACUUUGCUUACGUCGUGUUGGCUUUACAAUCGAUUUUGCAAGCGAAUGGCUUAAUUACAUCAAAAGUUUAACAGAUCCAGUAGAUAUCUGCACGUAUUUACUUAAAGCGUUAAGUACAGGCAUCGAAUAUUCAUACGAUCUGCUCAAACUUGCCCAUGAACAGUCAGAUUUAUCAAAUCCAGAAUCUGCCCUUUCAAAAGUAUCAGCAAUCUCUCCAGAUUUACAUAUGAUCACUCGUAUCCAAGAGCGUGUGCAUCAAAUCGACAUCUGCAAUGUUGUCAGGAUCUUUUUCGACAACGAUUUCCACAAAAAAGGAGAUUCAUACUUAGACCAAGUCAUUGUUGCUCUUACAGAGAAAUCCCAUCCACCAGGUGUCGAAAACACACUCCGCCAGUUCAAAGAGAAGCUCCCCGGCUACAAAGAAGACAAAUUAUUACAAUUGACACAAGAAUUCAAAGAAAACAAAGACCAAUGCAAAGAAAGAUUCGCCUGUGAAGAGAAAUGCCGAAGAAACCGUCGUGGCCCCGACAAUUUCAAUUUCAAAAAUCCGGAAAUGGUCAAAUCCGAAAACGAGCGAUUCCGUGCAUGGAUGGACUACAUCAACACAGAGCGCACGAUAAUGAAACAAAUCAUCCAAGACGAUAACAAAUUCUACAAUGAUUUGAUCGAUUUUUCAUAUCGUCGCGCAUUGAAUGAAUGUUGGUGGGUAAAAAGUGUCUGGAUGCAAUACUGGGAAUUCCUUAAACAAACAGGCAGAGAGCAAGAUUCCCAGAACAUCCUAGAACUGUCACAGAAAACGUUCAUGUUCGAUGCCGCUUUUGAACUUGAACGUGCUGAUUUACUUGUAAAAUCAGGAAAUUUCGAAGCCGCAAGAAAAAUUUAUUCCGAACUAAUGAAACGGGAAGAGCCAGUUCUUUCUGCGGCAAUGACAUUAGAUUUCAGAUGUGUGAUGCUUAUGUCAGGAGAAAACGAAGCUUUGCAGACAGUUUCUGACAGAUUGGAUUUGAUUUCUCCAAAUUUCAUUAUCAAUGCCGCAAAAAUGUGUUCUAAUCCUGAUAUCGCGUGGUCACUUUAUCAGCAUGGUUUAGAUACAUUCCAUUCAACGGAACUCACAUUGGCAGCUGCUGAUUUCAUGGCCGGACAAAGAGAUAUAAGAAACACAAGGUUAUUGUUGCAACAAUCAAAAGGAGAUGAAAGCGAAGAAAGUAUAUUAAAGAUAUCUAAAAAACUUUUCGAAUUCGAACUCGAACACGUUGCUCCUCCUGACCAUUUGAAUGAGAUCCAGAAAACAAUUAAGAUGCUUUAUCCUUUCAUUCCUUACAUGCAUCGAUACCGUUUCAGAGAUUUGUAUCCUUUGGAUCCCGAUGAAUUAAUAAUGACAGCGUAUUGCACACAUGAGUUUUCUGUUGAUUUCCCUAAAGUUUCCAAAGAAUACGUCACAUUGUUGCCUCCGUACGGCCACUCUAAAGAAGAAAUGAAGCGUAAAGUUGAAUAUUCUGAAUUUUACAAUGAUGCUGUUAAUGAUUUCCAGAAUCAGACAUCACAGCAAGCACAUCAGCAACAGCAGCAAUUGCAGCAACAAGGACAGCCUGCAACUCCUUCUUACCAACCUGCAGCAAUCGCAGCAUUCACACAGGAACUAACACAGGAUUCGGCUGGUUAUCCUCCUCAGGUUAUUAAUAUUGAUGAAUUGAUUGAAAAGAUUAAGAAUUUGACAUUUGUUUAA